UUCUAGGUUCCUAUCCCAUGCUAUCCUAUGCUAUGUUAUCCUAUCCUAUUCUACAGGCUGCUUCUCCACCCCGUAGAGGUAUCUUGAUAUCUUGAAGGCAUGCCGCUUAGGUACCACCUUGAUGCGGCCUUUAUUAUCCUGGUAUACACCUUGACUCAUCAACAUUACAGCUCAUUGCGAGAAGGGAACUGAGGAGGUGAACCUUAUUGACGGUCUCUGCGAGGUAGCGGGGGGUGAGUCUAAUUAAGGCUGUAGCCAAUUCAUUCUUGCCUGCAUCCUUGAAACGUAUGGGGGGGGGUAUCCUGAGGGAAUGCUCUACCAUAUUUUUCAAGGAUACAGGAGGAGGAUGAAUUGCGGAGCGCUCUAAUCAAAGGGCGACACCUGUGAGGUGCCACAAGGUUCCGAGAACAAACUUCGCAUCAUCCGCAAGGGUUUGAACAAGGGAAUCGAUUCCUUUUCCAUGGUAUGGCCUCCAAUGUUGAAAUUAUAUAUAAGCAAUCUUCAGUUCGUUGUAAGGCACCUCUAGGGGGUCGAGUUGUUCACUCACUCAGCUCGUGGUGCUGUUGGUUAUAAGCACUAGCGCACUAGCUAGCAGCUGGUACUUGAAGUCGUGAGGCAAGAACACAUCUUAGACGAGAGCUGCAUUUUCAUUUUGGCGAAUAGGUUCAAGUCAUCAUCUUUGCCAGUAGUUCUUCAUACAAAGCUGCAAAACCGAUUCUCGAGUUCUUUCACGAAGUGAAAAUCUUCGAGUUCGUAACAACUGCCAAGAACAUUGCUUUCUAAUCCUGGUCUUCGACAAUCGUAUGCUAGAAGAGAGUGACGCUCGCAAAAAGUUGCUUCAGAAGAAGGCGGCCAGCAACGCUUCGAAUGGUCUUGCUGAGUGGUUGCAUGAGCAGGGUGUUAAAAAGGUCCUCAUUACUGUUAUGGCAGUCAAGCGCAAGAUCAGUACUAUUACUUUCUUGAAAUCAUGUAAUGAGGCGUUCUGCAAAUCUAGGUUGGUUACUUCUUUCUUUUUUUAUACGGUUGAGGUAGUUUAGGUCCAGCGACGCGUAAAGCACAUGAAGAAGAGCUGUCCGUCGGCUCUUUUUCCCUCUUAAGUGCUAGGCUGCUUAGUCCCUUCAAACAAGAUAUUAUCGUGGGUUGAAUACAAAUUGCUAGGAGGCUGCACACUGACUGUCGUGAAAUUGGUGCAGAACAAGUGGUUUAUAGCAGUGGCCGCCUGCUCAACACUUAUCAAUAGAUUAUCUCAGAACUACUUGGCUCAUCAGUUCUUCUAGGCAGACUGCAGAAUAGAUUCACAUUCACAUCAUCAGUUCUGAGAACUAGUGCUGCAUCACAACUUUCCUAGUUCUUCUAGUUUUGCUGUCCUCUAGAAGGAGUUGCAAUUCUGAUGUCUAGGAAAUUGAGAGGGCGACCGGACUGUUGAAACAGUUUGGCACGGUUUUUUGAGGGUCUCUUACUCCUGGGUCUAUCACCAGUCGUAUUCAUCGUAAUAGUCUGAGUCUCAUAUUAGUCACCGAAAAAAAUAAGUUCACCACUUUCCUUAUCCUUCUAGCGUCCUCUAACUUCGGCAUUGCGGAUGAUUUUUGUGUCAAGAGCACCGCGUUCGACUUGUUGGACACGGAAGCUAUGGCGCAGAUCGCUGACAAGGCCGCAUUCAAGGUGGUCCAUCUGAAAGAAACGGCCUACGGAAUCUUAAGGCUUCAUCUGAAUCUCCAGGAAUUCUUUAAAAAAAUCUGACAGUCAACGUUUUUCUUUAAUCCGACACUCAGCGUGAGAUCCAACAAGAUAGCCUACUUAUCACUGCGAUAGUACUUAUGCAUUUUUUCACAUCCUGAAAUUAACCCCCUACACCUCAUGCCAGUCUGAUAGAAAACUUAUUAUUUACUUAGUUGAUUUGACCCAGAUAAUGGUCGGGGGUACGUCAUUAUCGUCCCCCGUGUGGUAUUAUGAUGCAUAAAUAGAGUGCUUUCUUUUCUACCUCUAGACUGGGUACACUACUACUGCUACUAGUGCUGGCGACGGCUCAGAAUCCCAAGCAUUCUUUUCUAUAUGAAAUUAUGAGUUCUAAUAUUAUGACAUAUGAAAAAUGUAAUUUAGUUGUUUUGAGCUCCUGCUCUAAGAAAUGUUCGUGGCUUGCGUGACGUGGAUAAGGGGGAACUCGACAAAAAUCUGCGCAAGGAGUACGAAGACAAGAAAAUCACCUUGAGCAGCGUCGAACAGGAACUCGGAGGGUCCUCCAAGAGCAGUAUUUGUUGUUAG